AUGACGAGCAGCAGCGGCAGCCGCCCGCCCGCCGCCCCCCCGCCGAGCCCCGCCGAGCCCCACGGCGGCGGCCCCCCGCGGCAUGUCAUGCAGGUGUCGGCCAAGGACGGGCAGCUGCUGCUCUCCUCCGCCGUGCGGAGCCUCGCCGCGCACAGCCCCUUCAAUGACCGGCCAAUGUGCAGGAUCUGCCACGAGGGCAGCAGCCAGGAAGACCUGCUCUCCCCCUGCGAGUGCACGGGGACCCUGGGGACUAUCCACCGCAGCUGCCUGGAGCACUGGCUGUCGUCCUCAAACACCAGCUACUGUGAGCUCUGCCACUUCAGGUUUGCAGUGGAGCGCAAACCCAGGCCACUGGUAGAGUGGCUGAGGAACCCAGGCCCCCAGCAUGAGAAACGGACUCUCUUUGGAGACAUGGUGUGCUUCUUGUUCAUAACGCCGCUGGCAACCAUCUCUGGCUGGCUGUGUCUACGAGGAGCUGCGGACCACCUGCACUUUAGUAGUAGGCUAGAAGCUGUUGGCCUCAUUGCACUCACUGUCGCACUCUUCACUAUUUACCUCUUUUGGACCCUAGUAUCAUUUAGAUAUCAUUGCAGAUUAUACAACGAAUGGCGUCGGACCAAUCAGCGGGUGAUACUCCUAAUCCCGAAGUCUGCCAAUGUUCCCUCCAACCAGCAGUCUUUGCUGGGCCUGCCAUCAGUCAAAAGGAACUCAAAGGAGACAAUCGUCUGAUCUGGGGAUUUCUGCACUGGGUCCGUGCACAAAAAAUAUUUUCCUCAAACUCAUUGGGCUCAGACAUUGUCCAGAACCCACUAGUGUGCUGUUCUGAUUUACAAACUCUUCACAGAGGAAGAAAUCACUGUCUGAAUUCAAAUCAUGGAUGCUGCAAUCAUAUGAUAUUUGCUAAGCUGCCAAACAUGUUUAUUUAGCAGAUACUAUAUGGAAGCUCAUGUUAAUACUUGGCAUCAACAAGUGAUGCAAACUUUUCUAUUGUUUAAAAAUAUUAAACUAUGAUAAUUAACAAUGCAAAACAGGUGUAGAGAGUGCUUUGUUUUUAUUGUUUCUAUUCCUAUAGUUCUAUGUCCUCAGAUAAAUGGAUAGUAACCAGUGCUGUACUUUGUUUUUCUGAAUCACAUCAACAAUAUUGCAGAUGGAUUUUUUUUCCCCAACUGAUUUUAUUUGAAGGAUUUUAUACUAGCACUUUGGAUUGUUAAAAUACUUCUUUUGUGUGUGAUGACUUCUACAAAUUGGCAUAUUAUUUAAACACUAUGAAAUGAUUGGAAGAUGAUCUUCUGUUUCUUGUUUGACAGAGAAGUUUUGAUAGGAAAAUUCUUCAUGAAUAAAUUUGGAAUAUGUGAAAGAAAGAAGUGACACAAAUUGCAAUAAUCUUCUUACUUGAAAGUAUUCUAUUAAGUAACACUCAGGGAACAAAAAAAUUGCACUUUUUCCACUCAGAAGCAACAAAUCAGGUAUCAUAUUGUGCACUGAAGUUCUGCUGGUGUGAAUUUACUUUGCGUUUACACCAAGUUGAAUUUAACCCUAAUUGUAUAAAGUAAUUUUGUAAGGCAAACUCUGCAUACAUAAUGAAUGAGAUCAUUAGACACGUUUUAGGGAGCAAGAACUUGUCUUGCAUAAUUAUUAACAAUCCUUUAAAGCUGCAGAAUUUUCAGCUUGACAGGUAGAUUUAGCGGUGUGUGUAAACCCUGACCUCUCUGUAGCACUGAGACUAGGGCUUUUUU